UGUGAUGACACCGGCUACAAUAACCUAAAAUACACACAUACUCCAAGGUAUUACUUGCACGGCACACUAAAAUUGCCGUCGACCUUGCUGCUAUAACCCGCUUGUCUCGCUUGCCUGAGCACUCGUGAAAAAAUGAUCGACAAAAAAAUGAACUAGAAACCGCGUUUCGGCCGAACGGGCACAUUAGUAUGACGCUCGUACAUUCGCGGAGUUGAAACACCGAGGACCAAUAAAAAAAACACGCUGAGCGAUGGCGUCUGACAACAGUCCCUCGCAAGAUGGCGGCCGUCGCCUAGGCAACCGAUGGAACUCAGAGGAGGCCAUCAUGGAUCCGAUUCGUCUGCUCCAGGAGCUCGAACGAGAGGCAAACGAAAAGCGGCGUGGUCUGCGCGCCGCCGCGAACGGUGUCAGCUCCUCUGCCGCGGACAAGAAAAUUUCCAACGGUCCCUUGUUGCUGCUCGACGACAUGGCAGCGUCGAACGACAAGACACCGCUGCUGAAGGAAACUCCGACGCUCAACGGACCGACCGGACGUCGGAAGACAAAGAAGUCCCUGCCUCCACGGAAAAAGCCUCCGAGUCUCAAGGAAAAAACUGGUGUCGGUGGAGGAGGUCGUGGCGGUGCCACACUUCCCGUCAAGAAGCUUGCCAAGACAUCGAACAAGUCCGGCAAGUCGGCUUCGGUCAAGCCCGUGGAGAACAGUAUUCUUCCAAAGGUGAGCUUCGACGACAAGAAAGCGCUCACCCCAGUUCCGGAGGAACAGCAGAAGCAAGAGACACCGGCUCAGCUCGAGUUCAGCAUUCGUGAGCAACCCGAUCUGCUCGUUCAAGAAGGCGACUCGAAGACAGCAGCGAUGACACCCGCUGUGCCGGUGGCUCCUGAAGUCGUGUCCGUGGAGCCGAAGCCCAAAGAAAAGACCAGCGUCCUCUCGAGGAUGCGAGACGCGGCCAAGAAAAUCAAUGUGGCGCCCAGCAAGCUGCAGCAGACGGUGAUGAACGCCAAGCUUUUGCACAACAGACUGUCGCUGUCCAAGCCCAAUGCUCCGCAUGACUCUUCGGACCCGUCCCAGUCCGACUCCGGAAGUGGCCAGCCGGCGCAAGACUCCUCCAACGCGGCUCCCUCGAUGGACUUGAUCUUUGCAGACUCGCCGGACUCCAUGGCAGAAGAGGAAGCUACCGCGGAGUCUGGCGAGAAGAAAGAAGCCGCCGAGGAGGCGCCUGCUGCCAAGCCUCCCGAACAGGAGCGGCCUAAGGGAGCCACGUGGACGGGUACUACGGCAAACGCCGAACUAGCACUCAAGAUCUUGAAUAUGUCCAGAAGGGGAGAUUGGCUCGGUGUGGAUGCCCUUCUGAAGCACGUUGAGAAGGGAGACCUGCCGGCAGACCUUGCUGAUGAGGCAACUGGAUUUACUCCGCUAAUGUACGCCGUAAAGGACAGCCGUGUGGGUUUAGCUGACAAGUUUAUUGACCUUGGUGCCAACGUGAAUGCCAAAGCCAAGGAUGGCCAGACCGCCCUUCAUCUCGCCGCUGUCCAUGUGAGGGAGGACAUGGUGCGCCUACUGCUCAACCGACGCGCCGACCCGACCGUCACCGGAGGGCCCAAGGGCCAGCUGCCUAUUCACGUGCUGAGCGCCCGGCCCACGGGUGCGGCCAUCGUGCCCCUGCAGCUGCUACUCCGGGCUGGCGACAAGAACGUCCGCAUGGUGCCCGAUAUGGACGGUAACAUCCCUCUGUUCCUGGCUGUGGAAGCGGGCAACCACGGCGUUUGCCGAGACCUGCUGGGCGCCAUGACGCGCGAGCAGGUCUGCUACGUGCACCCGGCGACGGGCAACACGGCGCUGCACCUUGCAGCACGUCGACGAGACCUGGACAUCAUGCGGUUCCUGGUCGAGUGUCAGAGUCCCAUCAACCACCAGAACGCCGAAGGACAGACUCCGCUGCAUGUCGCUGCCCGCGAAGGGGACGAGCAGGCCGUCAAGCUGUUCCACCAUGCGGGCGCCAACCCGAACCUCAUCGACAGCGAGGACCGCACGCCGCUGCACAUCGCCACGCAGCUGGGCCACGUGGGUGUCGUCGAGCUCCUCAUCGACAAGUACAAGGCGUCCGUGCACCAUCGCACCAAGGAUGGAAGCACACUGAUGCACAUUGCGGCUGAGGCUGGAAGGCCUGAAACAGCCAUGGUCUUCAUGAAGAAAGGCGUCCCGUUACAUAUGUCGAACAAGGCUGGCGCCAAGUGCAUUCACACAGCGGCACAGAAGGGCUACGUGGAUAUCGUCAGGACGCUUCUUCAAAAGGGCGAACAUGUAGACGUCAAAACAAACGACGGUCACACGGCACUUCAUGUGGCCGUGUCCGCGGGUCAGGCGCUGGUCGUCGAGACGCUGCUGGGGCACGGCGCGCAGGUCCAGUUCAAGGCCGGACCCAACAACGAGACGCCACUGCACAUUGCUGCGCGUGUGAAGAACGCCGACGACUGCGCCGAGUUGCUCAUCAAGAGCGGCGCGGAUGUGAAUGAAAAGGAUGCGAACGGAGAGAUACCAUUGCAUUUCGCUGCACGCGAAGGUCAUCUGAGGACUACAAAGCUAUUACUAGAAGACAACAGCAUAUCCGACCUGCUCAACAAGGACGGAGAGAGUCCUCUUCACGUGGCGGUUAAGAACUGUCACUUUCCGGUGGUGCAAGCCCUGCUGGAAGACUGGGAAAAGAAAAACUCAGACCCGGAAGAAAAGAAGAAGCUGGCCAACCAAAAGAACAUGGUAGGCGCAUCAACUGCGGGUUGGAUGCGUAGCUGCUUUCAUUAUUUGUGUUGCGGCUGUUAACGCGAUCUGAAUGGUUCGCAGGAGGGCGAAAACUCACUACACUACGCGGCCACCAUAACGGAGAAGCAGAAGCACUACGCCACCGAGGACCGCGACAUAAUGAGAAUCCUGCUCAAGCAUGGAGGCGACGUCAACGCCGAGACGCGGACGACGAUGGAAACACCUAUCCACCACUGCUCCAGAACCGGGAACGUGGCGAUCCUGCAAGAGAUCAUAGACACUAUGCCUCCGGCUGCCGUAAUGAUCUCUUGCAACCAACAAGCAAGGAAUGGCUGGGCCCCGCUGCUGUACGCCUGCGAUGCCGGUCAUCCGAGAGUAGCUAGUCUACUCAUCCAGAACGGGGCCAGAGUGGACACAUUUGACGAGACGGGAAAAGCGGCGCUGCAUUUGGCCGCCGAGAAAGGCCACGAGGAACUGGCCGACAUCCUGCUCGGUGCCAAGGCGUUCGUCAACGUGAGAUCACAGCGGGGCCUCACGCCCCUUCACCUCGCCGCCGAGAAGGGCUACGCAAUGCUGAUCCGAAAGCUGGUUACAGAGCACGGUGCCAUCCUGGAUGCCCUCAGCCUAAACAAAAAGACUCCGCUCCACCUAGCAGCCGCUGAAGGGAGACUGGACGUGUGUAAAAUACUGCUUGAGCUCAAGGCAGAUACAAAUGCGCUGGACGACCAAGGACAGACUCCCAUGAUGCUGGCCAUCGAGAAUGACCACUCCGAAGUGGUCAAACUGUUUCUGAGGGUGAAGCCAGACCUGGCCAUGAUGUCGAACGCCAAAGGGUUUACGUGCGCACAUAUCGCUGCAAUGAAAGGCAGCACGGCGGUCAUCAAGGAACUGAUGAAGUUCAACAAAUCUAUAGUGACAAGCUCGAGAAACAGGACGACCGACUCAACGCCCCUUCACUUGGCCUCCGCCGGUGGGCAUGCGAACGUAGUCAAGAUGCUGCUUCAAGCAGGAGCCGAUGCCAAAGAAGAGAAUGCUGACGGGGACACUGCACUGCACUUGGCCGCUAAGAAUGGUCACGUAGCCGUUGCCAGGGUACUGAGCGCCAUCGUGCCCUGGUCCACAACCAGCAAGAAGACUGGGCUGACAGCUUUGCACGUGGCAGCCAAGAACGGUCAGAUGGACUUUGUUAGGGAGAUGCUGACGGAGGUUCAGGCGGCUCUUGCCAGCGAACCACUUCCGGACGGAGGCGACUACGGAAUGACCGCACUGCACAUGGCGGCAGCUGCGGGCCACGAAGGUGUCGUUCGGAUGUUGCUGAACAGCUCUGGAAUACAAGCCGACGCGCCGACCUUCCAAGAGGGUAUGUACCCUCUGCACUUCGCGGCUCAAGGUGGCCACCUGGCCGUGGCCAGCAUCCUGCUGAGCCGCGCCGAGUCGCAGCUGCAGUGCGUCGACAAGCUGGGACGCACCCCGCUGCACGUGGCGGCCGCCGCCGGCAAGAGAGAAAUGGUCGGCCUGCUGCACAGCCAGGGCGCCGAGAUCAACGCCGCCGACAACAUGGGCUGGACAGCACUACACUUUGCGGCGCGUAACGGGUACCUGGGCGUCGUCAAGAUACUGGUGGAGAACGGCGCCUACGCGAAAGCAGUGACCAAGGACGGCAAAGUGCCACUAUGCCUGGCAGCGGCCGAAGGUCACUACGACAUCAUCAGCUACCUGCUCAGGAAAGACCACGACACCACUGACCUUAUGGACGACAAGCAUUUCCUGAUUGACCUGAUGGCCUCCGGCAAAGUUCACCAGAACCGGCCUAUGGUGGACUUCAUCCUCGCCUCUAAGGCGCCCAUCGACACAGCCGUCAAGAUGGCACGCAGCUACGAACUCCUAUCGCUGAAGGAGAAGGAGCGCGCCAUGGAACUCGAGGAGAUGGCCGGCUUCUGUGACAACCUGGCCAACGAGCUUCUCUCCAUCGCCGCCUCGAACAACAACACGGCCGCGCUGCUCCGGGCGCUGGACGCACGAAACACUCCUUUUUUAGACGUUCUCAUCGAACUGCAGCGCAAGACGGUCGUGGCUCACCCGGCGGCGCAGAAGUACCUCACCGAACUGUGGAUGGGCAGCCACCACUGGACCACGUUCAAGAUCGUCAUGCUUUUCUUCGGCUUCCUCCUGUGUCCGGUGCUGUGGGUCGCCUCGUCGCUCGUGUGCGGAAAUCACUUCUCGAACAUUCCCAUAGUCAAGUUCAUGUCCUACCUGGUCUCGCACAUCUUCUUCGUGAUCGUUCUCAGCAUAACCAUCAUCAACCCGUGGCAACCGUUGUACACGUCCACCCACCUGGUGCCCCACUGGAACGAGUGGCUGCUCCUGUUCUGGCUGCUGGGAAUGUUCAUCACCGAGAUUACAAACCCGUCGGACCGCGAGGGACUGGGCUACAUCAAGACGGUGGUGCUGUUCAUAAGCGCGAUCGCCAUCUCGGUGCACCUGGUGGCGGUGUUCUUCCGCGAGGAGUACUACCGGCUCAUAUGCCUCUACAUCCGCAACCAGCUGUUCGCCGUCGCGCUGCUCUUGGGUUUCCUCGAGUUCCUCAACUUCCUGACAUUCCACCACCUGUUCGGCCCGUGGGCCGUCAUCAUCCGGGACCUGAUCAAGGACCUGAUGCGGUUCCUCGCCAUACUGCUCAUCUUUCUGGUGGGGUUUUCGCUGAACAUGUGCGCCGUGUACCAGCCCGUGUUCGUGCCGCCGCGUGGGGACAACAUAACGCUGCCCAUCUUCGGCCAGGAGUUCCAGUCUCCGAUCAACACGUUCGAGAUGCUUUUCUUCUCGCUCUUCGGGCUCGUAGAGCCGGACUACAUGCCGCCACUGCACUUGAGCCCGCCCUUCGCGAAGAUAAUCGUCAAGGUGGUCUUCGGCGUGUACAUGAUGGUGACCGUGGUUGUGCUCAUCAACCUGCUCAUUGCUAUGAUGUCGGAUACCUACCAGCGAAUCCAGGCGCAGUCGGACACCGAGUGGAAGUUCGGCCGCGCCAAGCUCAUCCGCAAUAUGAAGCGCGCCUCUCCCGCGCCGGCGCCUCUCAACUGCCUCACCUUCGUGCCGGAGCUGAUAAUGAACAAGUGCUCUCUCAAGAAAGUCAAAGGCGGCAGCACCCUGUCCAUGCUGAAAGACAUGGGCUCUGGACAGACGCAGAGUCGGACCAACUCUGCCGCAGGUGCUCGUGGUAACAGAAGAAUCAUGCCCCUUGAGGAAAUGAUGCAAGGCAUGAACAAACUUACAAAUGUUGUCGACUGGCCAUCGAUUUCGAACAAGUACCUGGAAAACUUCGAAGUGCGCAGGGCAUCGCUGUCUGUUGUGGAGACUCUGCAAAAGGCUUCAAGCAACAAGAAGGAAUGAGGAUGUCCUAAAAUGCCAAUGAAGGCAAGUUGUCAAACUUGAGAGGUUUUAGCCUCAACCUCCCCAUUUGUCGGCCAAGGCAUACCUCCUGGCUUUGGGGCUCAUCAACACGAGCCUGCCCACAAGCAAACAUGCUUGAAAACUUGUCUAAAGGCAUUGUGCGAGCCAGUUGGUGCCAUUGCCUGCAGUCAGUCUGAACAAGUCGGGUGAAGGUGAGGUGGCAUAAUGUACAAUCUCAAAGUCUGUCGAGUUUUACUUCCGCUUUAUGAUGCACUCAGGACAAUACACACACAGCAUGGGCGUCGGCAGGAUUUUGCCUUGGGGGGUGCAACCCGUGUUGAAAUGAAACCCGUGUUACAUCGCGGCUGGGGGGGGGGGCAAGUGCCGGUGUGGCUUGAGGGGGGCAAGUGCCCCUUUUGCACCCCCCUGCCUACGCCCAUGACACACAGCAAUAAGUUUUGCAGAGCAGCAUCACUUUAAGCAUGCUGACACAUUAUUUCAAUCUUGAACAAUCAACGAGCAUGUUUAGAAGCUUGACAAUUACAGCAAUGCCUGCUAGUUGUAGAACAAUUUGUCCUGUACAUAACUUACACAUCUAUAAGGGACCAUUUUUCUUUUUGUUCUAUUUAGGCAUUCAAGUUUCUCCAAUCUAUGUAUAUUGUCCUGCUUAAAAUGUGCUGCACCGAGCUACAAACACAACAGAAACAUUUUUGUGAAUCUCUACCGGGACCAAAAGCAGGUGAACAAGUUUACAGACAUAAGUUAUGUACUAUACGUCAACGAGGCUAUCUACAAUGACUUGACCCUUUACAAAUAUAUUUGUAAAUAUAUACCAAUUUAAUAAUUCAAUUUAAGCAUAUUUGACAAGACUGUACACACUGCUCAGUCUACACGGAAAGUUUAAUGUCUGUACAAUAAUGUAGAUAAACUCAGAUGCAUCGAUUUACUUAAAGUGUACAUUAUGGUUGUAAUAAUGAAAUACAACUGUUUUUUCCUAGAUUGACUAAGUGUACGAAUAAGCUUUCUGGUUAGGAAAUGAAAUAGUGAAGCAUUAGCGACUUGAUAGCACUUGAUUUGAACUGGUUGUUUGGAUGUCCUUGAGUUGAACUUAGCUGCACAGCACACCACAAGAAAUUCUGUUCACAAAGCUAUGCAGUGCCUUUCUAGCCUUUGAGCACUCCCUUUGACUUCUCUCAACAGAGACUGAAAACACAGGAGUCUGAGCCGCGUUUUUGGUUGCAGUUCAGACGUUCUGAUAGGCACGAUAUUAAUGAAAGCAGCAAUGCUUUGAUUUGGCUGCAUGUAGAAUAAUUGCACAUGGGUGUAAUUAAACUGGAACUUUUCACUUUGGCAUUGAUUAGUAAUGCACUCCUUUGAAUGUGAAGCUGAAGAUUUGCACGUGUCAUUUCUGAUGCAUGAUACGACAUGCGUCCAGUUUAGUAAUAAGAUCCAUGGUUGUUUCCCCACUAUUAUUACUGUACAUGCUAUUAGCAAUGAACAAUGUAAUUUAACACAGGAAAUCAAGAUAGUGUACAAUAAUCCUUUUCUGAGACAACUGCAAG